AGAAGAGAGGGGGAUUUGAGCCAGUACUUGGACUGAGAAUGCAACUUUUGUAAAGGCUUCCAGGCAAUUGGCCUUCUAAAGCAGGAAAAUGGAAAUUCCAAUGUCGAGAAACGCUAUAAAUGGGGAGUGUAGGAGGAGAAGGCCAAGACAGUCAGAGUGAGGAAAUCAUGGGCAACGGUGAAGUAAGCGUAGUCGUCUCCGAUCUCCUCAGCUUCUUAAACGCUUCUCCUACUGCUUUUCACGCCGUCGAUGAGGCGAAGAAACGUUUGAGAAACGCUGGAUAUGAGCAAAUAUUGGAGAGAGAAGAUUGGAAAUUAGAAGCAGGGAAGAAAUAUUUCUUCACCAGGAAUCACUCCACCAUUGUUGCUUUUGCAAUUGGUAAAAAGUAUGGUUUUAUGCUUAUUUCUCCCAUAUAUGCUGCUGGAAAUGGAUUCCAUAUCAUUGGUGCUCACACUGACAGUCCUUGCCCAAAGCUCAAGCCAGUUUCUAAGGUUACAAAAGGAGGGUAUCUGGAGGUUGGAGUCCAGACAUAUGGGGGUGGAUUGUGGUAUACGUGGUUCGAUCGUGACUUGACUGUUGCAGGGAGGGUGAUGAUAAGAGAAGUAAAAGGUGGUUCUGUUUCAUAUUCACAUCGAUUGGUUAGAAUAAAGGAGCCUAUAAUGCGAAUUCCCACUCUGGCUAUUCACUUAGACAGGGAUGUUAAUGAUGGAUUCAAGGUAAACACACAGAAUCAUCUUGUACCUGUCUUGGCAACAGCAAUUAAGGCGGAGCUCAAUAAAGCGGUUGCUGAACAUUGUCCAGGUGAAAGUGGAUCUCGGACUGACAAAAAGAAAUCUACUGCAAAACACCACUCCAUCCUACUGCAGAUGCUUGCAGAUCAGCUCGGCUGUGAGCCAGAUGAAAUUUGUGAUUUUGAAUUGCAAGCAUGUGAUACUCAACCAAGUAUAGCAGCAGGUGCCUUGAAGGAGUUUGUCUUUUCUGGAAGACUUGAUAAUCUUUGCAUGUCAUUUUGCUCUCUGAAGGCACUGAUAGACACCACCUCUUCUGAAAGCAACCUUGAAGAUGAGACUGGUGUUCAAAUGGUGGCAUUGUUUGAUCAUGAGGAGGUCGGGUCUGAUUCAGCACAGGGAGCUGGGUCUCCUGUUAUGUUAGAUGCCCUUUCACGAGCAACAAAUUCCUUCACCUCAGAUCCUAAGAUGCUUAAGAAAGCAAUUCAGAGGAGUUUCCUUGUUUCUGCCGACAUGGCACAUGCCUUACACCCAAAUUAUAUGGAAAAACAUGAAGAUAACCAUCAACCCAAGUUGCAUGGUGGACUUAUUAUCAAACACAACGCAAAUCAACGCUAUGCAACCAAUGCAGUUACUUCUUUCAUAUUCAGGGAAAUAGCAGCAAAGCAUAGCCUUCCAGUCCAGGACUUUGUCGUCCGCAACGACGUGCCUUGUGGUUCAACUAUUGGUCCUAUCCUGGCAAGUGGUGUCGGGAUUCGCACAGUUGACGUUGGCGCUCCACAAUUAUCAAUGCACAGUAUACGAGAAAUGUGUGCUGCUGAUGAUGUUGAACAUUCAUACGAGCAUUUCAAAGCCUUCUUCCAAGAUUUCUCUCAUCUUGAUGCCAAGAUUACAGUGGACGUGUAGGUCUCGGUUCACCUUCACUACAAUUUCCAGUAAGAAAGAAUAAUGGACGUUAAACGGUUUAACAGUGUCUGUAAACAACACAAAAUCAUGAGGUUAUACGCCAGAUUAAGUGGUGGGUCUUGCUGUAUAUAUGGAUAAAUCUUAAGGAUGCUGGCUUUAAAAGACUUUAUGAGUAGCGUUUUAUACUGGUGUGCUGAUAUGUAAGAUUUAUAUUAUUGUAUGCUGACAUGUUCUGCAACAUUUGGUUGUAUGUAGAACUGCAAAAGCUCCAUAAAUAAAGGUGGUGUUAUUGGUGGUGUUAUUGGGACAAUUCUUUUGUUUUAUUUUUUUGUACAAUUUUCAUAUAUUAUUAAAUGAAUGAAUAUAUUUAAU